CAUAUAAAGAGAUUGUGGUGGGAGGCAGAGAGAGGACUCACAGGCUGAGGCUGCGGAGCAUGGAGCUGCUGCUGGGAGCCGGGGCUCUGUCAUGCUGAGCAGGGCGAUAGCUGCAGCCUCUGCAAGUCUGAAACUUCAUUCUUGACCCAAGGGAGCUCCCAGGAUUGGUUAACAUGUCUGAUAAGAUGUCUAGUUUCCUUCACGUGGGGGACAUAGUGUCUCUCUAUGCUGAGGGGUCUGUGAAUGGAUUCAUCAGCACGUUGGGUCUGGUGGAUGACAGAUGUGUGGUGCAACCCGAAGCCGGUGAUCUGAAUAAUCCGCCCAAAAAGUUCCGAGAUUGCCUGUUCCGGCUGUGCCCUAUGAACAGAUAUUCUGCACAAAAACAAUUCUGGAAAGCUGCAAAGCCUGGUGCUAGUAACACAACGGAUACGGUCCUACUCAACAAAUUACAUCAUGCAGCCGACUUGGAGAAAAAGCAAAACGAGACCGAGAAUCGCAAGCUCUUGGGAACAGUUAUUCAGUAUGGAAAUGUUAUUCAGAUGCUGCACUUGAAAAGUAACAAGUACCUGACUGUGAACAAGCGUCUCCCUGCGCUGCUGGAGAAGAACGCCAUGCGUGUGACCUUGGAUGAAGCUGGAAAUGAAGGCUCCUGGUUCUAUAUCCAGCCGUUCUACAAGUUGCGCUCCAUCGGGGACAGUGUUGUGAUUGGCGAUAAAGUUGUCCUUAACCCAGUGAAUGCCGGCCAGCCAUUACACGCCAGCAGCCAGCAGCUGUCUGAUAAUCCCGGCUGCAAUGAGGUGAAUUCUGUGAACUGUAACACCAGCUGGAAGAUUGUUCUGUUCAUGAAAUGGAGCGACAAUAAGGAUGACAUCUUGAAAGGGGGUGACGUGGUGCGGCUUUUCCACGCUGAGCAGGAAAAAUUCUUGACCUGUGAUGACCAUAGGAAAAAACAGUACGUCUUCCUCAGGACCACCGGCCGGCAAUCUGCAACCUCCGCCACCAGCUCUAAGGCAUUAUGGGAAGUUGAGGUGGUGCAACAUGACCCGUGUAGAGGGGGUGCGGGAUACUGGAACAGCCUCUUCAGGUUCAAGCAUCUGGCAACUGGGCAUUACCUGGCAGCGGAGAUGGAUGCGGAGCAAGAUCCGGCCCGUGCCAGGCUAUGUAUUGAUUCGGAGAAGAUUAAGUGCACGCUGGUUUCUGUUCCCGAGGGAAAUGAUAUCUCCUCCAUCUUUGAGCUGGACCCAACCACUCUGCGCGGUGGAGAUAGCUUGGUACCACGAAACUCCUAUGUCAGACUGCGGCAUCUCUGUACCAACACUUGGGUGCACAGUACCAACAGUCCCAUAGACAAGGAUGAGGAAAAGCCCGUCAUGCUGAGGAUCGGUACAUCUCCCGUAAAGGAAGACAAGGAAGCGUUCGCAAUUGUCCCAGUGUCGCCGGCAGAGGUGCGAGAUUUGGACUUUGCGAAUGAUGCCAGUAAAGUGUUGUCGUCCAUUGCGGGCAAAUUGGAAAAGGGAACGAUUACACAGAAUGAGAGGAGAGCUGUAACAAAGCUGCUGGAGGAACUGGUGUAUUUUGUGACCGCUGGGGUGAAUUCAGGUCAGGACGUCCUAGAGGUUCUCGUAAACAAACCCAACCGGGAGCGCCAGAAACUGAUGCGGGAACAAAAUAUUCUGAAGCAGAUCUUUAAGCUCCUGCAGGCCCCAUUCACGGAUUGUGGGGAUGGCCCAAUGCUGCGGCUGGAAGAACUGGGAGAUCAGAGACAUGCGCCGUUUCGCCACAUAUGCCGGCUGUGUUACCGGGUACUCAGGCACUCUCAGCAGGACUACCGCAAAAAUCAGGAGUACAUUGCCAAACAGUUUGGCUUUAUGCAAAAGCAGAUUGGUUAUGAUGUUUUGGCAGAAGACACAAUCACUGCUCUGCUACACAAUAACCGCAAGCUGUUGGAGAAACACAUCACCGCUGCCGAGAUAGACACCUUUGUUAGCCUGGUGAGGAAGAACCGGGAGCCAAGGUUCCUGGACUACCUGUCUGAUCUUUGUGUCUCCAUGAAUAAAUCCAUCCCAGUAACUCAGGAACUGAUCUGCAAAGCUGUGCUGAAUCCGGCUAAUGCGGACAUCCUCAUUGAGACCAAGCUGGUGUUGUCUCGUUUUGAGUUUGAAGGGGUCGCAAGUGGCGAGAACCCACUGGAAAAUGGGGAGGAUGAGGAGGAAGUCUGGCUCUUCUGGAGGGAUAGCAAGAAGGAGACGCGUAGCAAGAGUGUAAGGGAGCUUGCCCAAGAUGCCAAAGAGGGGCAGAAGGAGGACCAGGAUGUUCUAAGUUAUUACAGGUACCAACUUAACCUCUUUGCUCGCAUGUGCCUGGACCGGCAGUAUUUAGCCAUUAAUGAGAUCUCUGGCCAGCUGGAUGUGGACCUCAUUCUGCGUUGUAUGUCCGAUGAGAACCUGCCGUUCGACCUGCGUGCGUCUUUUUGCCGAUUAAUGCUGCACAUGCACGUCGACCGUGACCCUCAGGAACAAGUCACGCCGGUGAAGUAUGCUCGUCUGUGGUCUGAAAUCCCAUCGGAGAUCGCGAUUGAGGACUAUGACAGCAGUGGGACUUCCAGGGAAGAUAUAAAGGAGAGGUUUGCUCUAACUAUGGAGUUUGUGGAGGAGUAUCUGCGGGAUGUAGUUGGACAGCGUUUUCCGUUCUCGGACAAGGAAAAGAACAAGCUGACUUUUGAGGUGGUGAACUUGGCUCGCAAUCUCAUUUACUUUGGGUUCUAUAACUUCAGUGACCUUCUCCGUCUGACCAAGAUCCUUCUGGCGAUACUUGACUGCGUUCAUCUGACAACCAGCUUCACACCUAACAAAAUGGGCAAAGGGGAUGAGAAGCAAGGGGGCAGUAAUGUGAUGCGCUCAAUACAUGGUGUUGGAGAGCUCAUGACGCAGGUGGUGUUGCGUGGUGGUGGUUUCCUCCCGCUGACCCCCAUGGCCGCUCCAGAAGGGGUCAUCAAACCUCAGCGGGAACCUGAGAAGGAGGACAUCCUUGUUAUGGACACGAAGUUGAAGAUCAUUGAAAUUUUACAGUUCAUUCUGAAUGUGCGUCUGGAUUACCGGAUAUCCUGUCUCCUCUGCAUUUUCAAGUGCGAGUUUGAUGAAAGCAAUGCUCAGGCUGCGGACGGCUCGGAAACUACGACCGUGGUGCCAGGCACCCUGGACUUUGAACACAUUGAGGAACAGGCGGAAGGGAUUUUCGGAGGAAGUGAGGAGAAUACGCCCCUAGACUUGGAUGACGAUGGGGGGCGCACGUUUCUCCGUGUCCUCCUGCACCUUACGAUGCAUGACUACCCUCCCCUAGUGUCGGGGGCCCUUCAUCUUCUAUUCAGGCAUUUCAGCCAGAGACAGGAGGUGCUGCAAGCCUUCAAGCAGGUUCAGCUUCUAGUAACCAGCCAGGAUGUGGACAACUACAAGCAGAUAAAGCAGGACCUGGACCAGCUGAGGUCCAUUGUGGAGAAGUCAGAGUUGUGGGUGUACAAGGGGUCUGGUCCUGAAGAGGCCUCGGAGCCCUCGGCGGGGAAUGCGGACAAAAAGGAGGAGGGAUCUGGGAAGCCGAAGAAACCGGAGAGUACGAGCAGCUACAACUACCGGGUGGUCAGAGAGAUACUCCUGCGGCUCAGCCGGCUCUGCGUGCAGGAAAACACCUCCGGACGCCGAAACCGCAAGCAGCAGCAGCGCCUGCUCCGCAACAUGGGAGCCCACAGCGUGGUGCUAGAACUGCUGCAAAUACCGUACGAAAAGACAGAGGACACACGUAUGCAGGAGAUCAUGCGCAUCGCUCACGAAUUCUUGCAGAACUUCUGUGCCGGCAACCAGCAGAACCAGGCUCUGCUCCAUAAGCACAUCAACCUGUUCCUGACUCCUGGGAUUCUGGAAGCUGUCACCAUGCAACACAUCUUCAUGAACAAUUUCCAGUUGUGCAGCGAGAUCAACGAGCGUGUGGUCCAGCACUUUGCCCACUGCAUAGAGACUCACGGGCGGAGCGUUCAGUACAUAAAGUUCCUGCAGACCAUUGUGAAGGCAGAGAGCAGGUUCAUUAAGAAGUGCCAGGAUAUAGUCAUGGCCGAGCUGGUGAACUCUGGCGAGGAUGUCCUGGUCUUCUACAAUGACCGGGCAUCGUUCCAGACGCUGGUGCAGAUGAUGCGUUCCGAGAGGGAGCGAAUGGAUGAGAACAGUCCUCUGAUGUACCACAUUCACUUGGUGGAGCUCCUGGCUGUGUGCACGGAAGGCAAAAACGUCUACACGGAGAUCAAGUGCAACUCUCUGCUCCCGCUGGACGACAUUGUGCGAGUGGUGACGCACGAGGACUGUAUCCCAGAGGUGAAGAUCGCGUACAUAAAUUUCCUCAACCACUGCUACGUGGAUACAGAAGUGGAGAUGAAGGAGAUCUACACCAGUAACCACAUGUGGAAGCUCUUUGAGAAUUUCCUGGUUGACAUCUGCAGGGUGUGCAACAGCACUAGUGACCGGAAGCACGCCGACCUGGUUCUUGAGCGGUAUGUCACGGAGACGGUGAUGAGCAUCGUUAAUACUUUUUUCAGCUCUCCGUUCUCUGACCAGAGCACAACACUGCAGGCGUCUAUGCUCGCCCAAAUGAAACAGACGCGGCAGCCGGUGUUUGUCCAGCUCCUGCAAGCGGUCUUCAGGGUCUAUCACUGCAGCUGGCUCCUACCUGCCCAGAAGGCCUCGGUGGAAAGCUGUAUCCGGGUGCUGUCAGAUGUGGCCAAGAGCCGUGCCAUAGCCAUCCCGGUGGACCUGGACAGUCAGGUGAACAACUUGUUUCUGAAGAGCCAUAACAUUGUACAGAAGACCGCCAUGAAUUGGCGAAUGUCCGUACGGAAUGCCGCCCGCCGUGACUCUGUGCUGACCGCAUCACGGGACUACCGCAAUAUAAUCGAGAGGCUGCAGGACAUAGUCUCAUCGUUGGAAGACCGGCUGCGCCCUCUUGUUCAGGCGGAACUUUCCGUGCUUGUGGAUGUUCUGCACCGCCCUGAGCUUCUAUUUCCCGAGAACACGGAUGCCCGGAAGAAGUGCGAGAGUGGUCAGUUCAUAUGCAAGUUAAUUCGACACACAAAACAUCUUCUAGAGGAAAAUGAAGAGAAGCUUUGUAUUAAAGUCCUGCAGACCUUGCGAGAGAUGAUGGCGAAAGAUAGAGGCUACGGAGACAAGCUUCUAGCCAUCGAUGCCCUGGAGACCCCUGAGGACUCUGUCCAGGCACAACCUCUGAGGCAGCUGGAGGAUGUCAAGCGGGGAGAAGCUCUGCGGGUUGUGUUGGUGAACCGUUACUACGGCACCAUCCGGCAAGGUGGAAGACGUGAGAGUCUGACCAGCUUUGGUAAUGGGUCAUUAUCUGGUAGCGGUGGAAAAUCUGGCGGUGGAGCUGGUGCUGGAUCCACGAACUUGAGCAGAGGAGAGAUGAGCUUGUCUGAUGUACAAUGCCACCUGGACAAGGAGGGGGCGUCUGACCUAGUAAUUGACCUGAUCAUGAACGCUACCAGUGACCGCGUGUUUCACGAGAGUAUCCUGCUGGCCAUAGCGUUACUGGAAGGAGGAAACACAACUAUCCAGCAUUCUUUCUUCUGCCGGCUGACUGAGGACAAAAAGUCGGAGAAGUUCUUCAAGGUUUUCUUUGAUCGGAUGAAAGUUGCACAGCAGGAAAUUAAAGCCACGGUUACAGUCAACACGAGCGACCUGGGGAGCAAGAAGCGAGACGAGGAGCAGUCUGAGAGGGAGACCCCACACCGGAAAACAGCCCGAGAGACCAGUGCCCAAAUUACCGAGGAGGCCAAAGAGCAGCUGCUGGAGGCAUCUGUUGCCACCAAGAAGGCUUUCGGCUCUUUCCGGCGCGAGGCGGACCCCGAUGACCACUUUGCCGCUGUUGACGGGGCACUGGCGACUUCGGAAAAAGGAAAGGAUGAGCUGGAAAUGAGCGCCGUCAUUACCAUCAUGCAGCCAAUCCUACGGUUCUUGCAGCUGCUCUGUGAGAACCACAACCGGGAUCUACAGAACUUCCUGCGCUGCCAGAACAAUAAGACGAAUUAUAACCUGGUCUGUGAGACGCUGCAAUUCCUGGACUGCAUCUGCGGCAGCACCACCGGUGGCCUGGGCCUGCUCGGACUCUACAUCAACGAGAAGAACGUCGCCCUCAUUAACCAGACGCUGGAGAGCUUGACGGAGUACUGCCAGGGGCCGUGCCAUGAGAACCAGAACUGCAUCGCAACGCACGAGUCCAACGGUAUCGACAUAAUCACUGCCCUGAUACUGAAUGACAUCAACCCCCUGGGACGGAAGAGGAUGGACUUGGUGUUAGAGCUGAAGAACAAUGCUUCAAAGCUCCUACUCGCCAUCAUGGAGAGCCGGCACGACAGCGAGAACGCAGAGCGAAUUCUGUAUAACAUGCGGCCGAAGGAGCUGGUGGAGGUGAUAAAGAAGGCUUAUCUCCAGGGCGAGGUGGAGUUUGAGGACGGGGAAUGUGAGGAUCACGCCGCCUCUCCACGCAACGUGGGACACAAUAUUUAUAUCCUCGCACAUCAGCUGGCGAGGCACAACAAGGAGCUCCAACAUAUGCUGAAACCAGGUGUCCAAACAGGCGACGGUGAUGAGGCCCUGGAGUUCUAUGCCAAGCACACAGCUCAGAUAGAGAUCGUGCGUCUUGACCGGACGAUGGAGCAGAUAGUCUUUCCUGUCCCUAGCAUCUGCGAGUUUCUUACGAAGGAGUCAAAGCUGCGAGUUUAUUACACGACUGAGCGGGAUGAACAAGGCAGCAAGAUUCACGACUUCUUCCAACGUUCUGAGGACCUAUUCAAUGAAAUGAACUGGCAGAAGAAGUUGCGAGCGCAGCAUGUCCUAUACUGGUGCUCUCGGAACAUGACCUUCUGGAGCAGUAUCUCCUUCAACUUGGCUGUGCUUAUGAAUCUUCUUGUUGCUUUUUUCUACCCCUUCAUUGGUGUACGAGGAGGAACACUGGAUGCUCGUCUCUCAGGCCUACUCUGGAGUGCCAUGUUGGUUUCUUUAGCCAUAGUCAUUGUCCUUCCCAAACCGCAUGGUAUCCGAGCUCUGAUCGCAUCUACCAUCUUGCGACUCAUCUUCUCCAUCGGCCUCCAGCCGACGUUGUUUCUUCUAGGGGCAUUUAAUGUGUGCAACAAGAUAAUCUUCCUAACCAGCUUUGUGGGCAACCGCGGCACCUUCACGCGGGGCUACGGUGCCAUGGUGCUUGACGUGGAGUUUCUCUACCACUUACUGUAUCUGCUUAUCUGUGCCAUGGGGGUGUUUGUACAUGAAUUCUUCUACAGUCUGUUGCUCUUUGACCUGGUGUACCGGGAGGAGACCCUGCUCAACGUGAUAAAGAGCGUAACGAGGAACGGCCGCUCCAUCAUUCUUACAGCUGUGCUGGCGCUGAUCCUGGUCUACCUGUUCUCCAUUGUGGGGUAUCUCUUCUUUAAGGAUGACUUCAUACUGGAAGUAGACAGGCUGCCCAAUGAGACAACCUUUCCGGAGACCGGCAGCUCUAUGACCAGAGAGCUGCUGUAUCCAGAAGUUUGUCGGCUGGAGUCUGGAAGUAACUGCACCCAGGAGGAGCCAUCGGAGAUUGCGGAAGUAGAGGAGGAGGAGAAGGAACACACGUGUGAGACCUUGCUUAUGUGCAUCGUGACUGUCCUGAGCCACGGGCUGAGGAGUGGUGGAGGCGUUGGGGACGUUCUACGGAAACCUUCCAAAGAGGAGCCUCUGUUUGCAGCACGGGUCAUCUAUGAUCUCUUGUUCUUCUUCAUGGUCAUCAUUAUUGUGCUGAACUUGAUUUUUGGAGUCAUCAUCGACACGUUUGCAGAUUUGAGAAGCGAGAAACAGAAGAAAGAGGAAGUGCUGAAGACCACGUGCUUCAUUUGUGGGCUGGAACGGGACAAAUUUGACAACAAAACUGUGACGUUUGAGGAGCACAUAAAGGAGGAACACAACAUGUGGCAUUACUUGUGUUUCAUCGUGCUGGUGAAAGUGAAAGAUUCCACGGAGUACACUGGACCGGAGAGCUAUGUGGCGGAAAUGAUUAAGGAGAAGAACCUUGACUGGUUUCCUAGGAUGAGAGCCAUGUCCCUUGUGAGCAGCGACUCUGAAGGUGAGCAGAACGAACUAAGGAACCUGCAGGAGAAGCUGGAGUCCACCAUGCGUCUGGUCACCUACUUGUCCAGCCAGUUGACUGAGCUAAAAGAUCAGAUGACCGAGCAACGGAAGCAGAAGCAAAGGAUCGGCCUUCUUGGACAGCCAGCUCAUCUAAACCUCAAUCCCCAGCAGCCAGCUUAGAUCCCCUUCCCGACUCCGGGCUCCACAAAUGCUGCUCUGUAUCUUGGCAGUAACUAUGGGUUGAAGUUGUACUUGUGACCUGAGCACACCACUCCACCCCCCCCCUUUCCACUACUGUUGUCCCAACCCCAGCCUUCAAACUGAUGGCAUCCAACAUUGGAGUCUUGUGCCAAAUGCUCCCAAAGCCAGGACGGAAUGGACUUUGCACUUGAGAAUAAAAAAACCCCCUGAAUUUAGAGGGAAAGAUAAUUUUAUACUUCCGACUUAAAGAAUUCUAUUUAUGAAACUUUUUUUGUUCUUUUUUGUUUUUUGUAAUUUAUGAUGAGUGUAUGGACCUUUUGUGUAAUUGUAUCGUACUUUUUUUUUUUGUGUGGGAUGUUGUCCCAUCUCAACGAUUGCCAGAGGUUCGAAUGCCUUUCUUUACCUGGGAGCACACACUGCAAGAUAGGUCUGUGUCCCGGGAGUGACCAAACCCAGCUGGACAAUACUUUUCCCUACCAUGAAAUCCUCGGUUUCCCUCAGACGUCUUGCUGCGCAUAUUUUGUGUGGGAUCUUGGACAAGCAAGCCGCUGAAAGAGGAUUUUGGCCGCGUCUCCCUCCUGCAGGCCCUGCUGCUGUGACACAUUCCACCUCUCCUGUUGGGUAGAUGGGAGCCGGCUCGGUUUAGAGCUAUCCCAAUUCCUGUUUUGUAAAUUCACUUUGUUUGAUACACGGACGCUGCUCCCUGAGUUUGUUAAUAUGUAAGUUUGAGAUUAAAACGAAUUGAUGCAGACAAACUAGUCUGAUUUCCUGAACGAUGGAA